AUCAACAACAAAAGCUUGAGCAAGAGAGAGCGAGAGAGACAUAGAGAGAGAGCGAGCAGCUAAAAACAUAUGAUUUUUGUUUGUGUUGUUGUUUUUGCGCGCGCUCUGCGGAACGUGUGAGAAAAGUGGAACGAGCGAAUGUGUUUCAGCUGCUGCUGAUUCAGAUUCAACCAACGAACAGCAACAACAACGCAAGUGUUGACAACAAGAGAGAGCCAACGAGAGACAGAGAGCGAGAGAGUGAGCGGGAGCGAAAGAGCAGGGGAAAGCAAGAACCGAUCAGACGCAGUGUCUCCAGUAGCAUAUACCCACUGCCCACUGCCAGCCCCACCCCGCCCCUCUGUCCACUGACCAGUCCAGUGUGGAGGCACUGCAUCAUUGGCAGCAGCUGUGGUAGCAGCUAGAAGAGGAGGAGCGAUUCCAGGAGCGGCCAUCUCCCCCCCUCCCGCAGCCGUCGUCGUCGCAUCAUGUCCGCGGAUUCGCCACGCCGCCAUCCCUCAGGCGUGGUCGGUUCCGGUUUGGGCUCCACAUCCGGAUCCAUUUCCGGUUCCGGCUCCGCUGGAGGCAGCAGCAAAUCCGGCACCGCCGUACCCGCCAUUGUGCCACCGCAAACAGUCUCGGAUCGCUCGAUUCUCGACUCGGCCAUUGGCUUCAUCAACGAUGUGACUUUGGCCAACCAGCCGGUGCAGGAUCCCAAGGACACCAUCACCUGGGCCCGCUUCGAAACGUGUGCGGAUGUCAGCGAUCCGCGUUUCGGUGACGACUGGGAACUGGAGGGCAAUGCGGCGCCGCCACUGCUCCUCAUCCUCGGCUACGGCCUGGGCGUCCAGGUGUGGGCCAUCCCAGCGAAUGGCGAAGCGGUUGAGGUGCUAUCCUGGCGUCACGGCGUCGUCACUGCCCUCCGGGUGCUGCCCACGCCGGCCACGGCCGCCGCUCUGGACGAGAAUGGCCGGGCGGACGAGCCGGUGGAUGCCUUUGCCGAGAAGCGUCCCCUGGUGGCGUUCGUCGAUGGAGGCAGUGCAGCGGCGAGUGGUUUACUUUCCGGCAAUCCAGGAUUGGGUUUGGGCGGAGGCGGCGGUGGCGGUGGAAUCCCCACAGUUGGCGGAUCCGUUGGAGGAGCUGGCGUUUCGGCUGCCGCCCAAUUCAGUGCCGUGAACUUCAUGUCCCUCAAAACGGGCGUCCAGGUGAAGACGAUCAAGUUCAAGAACGCCGUGCUGGACAUUCAGGCCAAUCGAUCGGCGGUGGUCAUCACGUUCCACGAACGGAUCGCCGUCUUCGAUGCGCGAACGCUGGAGGACCGCCUCACCAUCACCACCUGCUAUCCCAGUCCGGGGAUCAAUCCCAAUCCCAUUGCUUUGGGACCGCGCUGGCUGGCCUAUGCGGAGCACAAGUUGCUGCACUCCAAGCGCAGCGGCGGCGGCUGCGAUGGCGAGGGCGUUCCCAGCUACACGGCCACCGUGCUCAAUGCGGCCAAAUCUUUGGGCAAGGGUCUGCGGGAGCUGGGCGAGCAGGUGGCCGCCGGACUGACGGGCACCACCGCCGGCAGCGCCGGCAGCUCCAAGAGCAGCAGCUUCGACUCGGCCAGCGGCGGUCCGGAUGCCAAGCAAUCGGGUGUGGUCACCAUUAUCGAUGUGAAGCAUCCUGUUAAGGACUACAGUCCCACGUCGGGCACUCCGCUGAGCUCCACGGGCGGCUCGCAGGGCGGCGGCGAUCCCAUCGUUGCCCACUUUGUGGCCCACAGCGAGGCUCUGGUGGCCCUGGAGUUUGACAGCUCCGGCAUGCUGCUCCUGACCGCCGAUCGGCGGGGCCACGACUUCCAUGUGUUCCGCAUUCAGCCGCAUCCCGUUGGCCCCAGCCUGGCCGCCGUCCACCAUCUGUACGUGCUGCAUCGCGGCGAUACGAGCGCCAAGGUGCAGCACAUCGCCUUCUCGCUGGACUCGCGCUGGGCUGCCGUGUCCACGCUGCGCGGCACCACCCACGUCUUCCCCAUCACGCCCUACGGCGGCGCCAUGGGCGUUCGCACGCACACCUCGCUGCAUGUGGUCAACAAGCUGUCGCGCUUCCAUCGCAGUGCCGGUUUGGGCGCCGACGGGCGCUCCAGUUCGCCCAUUUCGCACUCGGAGAGCACGACGUUUGUGCAGUCGCUGCAGCCGUAUCACAAUCCCACCCUGCCGCCGUAUCCGCGGCCGUCGGUGGUGCAGCCACUGGCCCAGCUGCGUCAGCCCUUCACGCUCGGCUCGCCGCCAGGAUCGGCGGGCCUGGGCGGUGGUGGUGGCGUGGGCGGCGGCGGUGGCAUGAGCAGCGGAGUGAGUUCCGUUGGCCACGGAGGCGUUGGCGUGGGCAGCAGCAGCCAAAGGCAGCGACAGCGGCUCUCCUCGCUGUCCGAUGACAGCGGGAAACCACUGAGCGUCUGCUCCAUUUUCGCCAAAUCGCGCUCCUGGCUGCUGGAGCCACCGAUGGCGACACGAGAGCAGCCGCAUCGCGUCCAGCGCAAGGCGGUGGACUCGCUCUUCGUGAUGGCCGGACACGGGGCGCUCAUCCAGUACGAUCUGGACACAAAGCUAGCCUCACAUGUUGCCAAAGAGAAGAUUUGUGAUGACACGCCCAUCGAGCUGGAGGUGGAGGCCCGCGCCCAGUGGAAUCUGGGGCGGCGCAAGGAUGGAUCUCAAGAAAUCGCACCACCGCUGACGCUGGACAACUGGCUGAUCAAGGAUCGCCAUGGCAGCCUGCUGCAGGACAGCACCCAUCAUUUCGACGAGCCGGACGAGCGGGCCGAGAGCUGGCUGGCGCAGGUGGAGAUCAUCACGCACGCGGGUCCGCACCGCCGGCUGUGGAUGGGUCCGCAGUUUGUCUUCAAGAACUACAAUACGCCCAGCGGUUCAAAUCUGAACCAUGUCGAUGCAGAGGCGGUGGAGAUUGGCGUCACCAAGACGACGACCACCACGCUGCCCUCGACGGCAGCCGCUUCGUCGGUUUUGGGAGGCGGCAAGGAUCGCUCCAGUCCGCUGAACAUGCCGCUGAAUGCAGCCACUUCGGUGGGAGGAUCGGGCAUCGGCAGCUCAGCGGUGACGGGACGCAGCGGUGCCGGAGUACCGGUUCUAAUCGAAUCCGGAUCAUACAGCAGCAUUGAGCAGAGUCCCAAGUUAAUGGAUCGCUUCCGGCAUGGUCACCUGGAUUCGGACUACGGCCAUGGCGACACUCGUCUUAAGGAGGAUCUGGCGGAUGCCAUGCGAGAGUCCCCAUCCACGGCGGCGGCGCGACGUGAGACUUCGGCUGCCUCCGCAGAUCCCGCAGCUCCGCCUCCGUGUGGCGAUCAGCACCACCUGGCCACCGGUUCCUCGCCAUCGCCAGCGGAUCUCCUGGCCGCCGGCGGCGGCGGAAGUUCGUCCUCGAAUUGUGAUAAUGCCUGCUAUUACGAUGCCCUCGCCGAGCACGAGAGUCUCAACGAUCUGGACGAGGUGGCCGAGGAUCAUCAUCCGGAUACGGAUACGCAUUUGCACUCGAUGGAUUCCAUCAACGCCCUGGCCUCCGUUCUGCCCAACAUCUGCAGCUAUUCGCGCGUGGAGAAGAUGGUCAAUCCGCUGGGCACCGUAACGGAUCUAAAUGCGGGAAUCUCCGGUGAACUACAGACGGAUAUGCUGGACGAGGUGGUGGGCCAACUGGCGGCCGAGGAGACGGUGAUCCAUGAGAAUUGCGACGAGGCUCUCUUCCGGCCGGUGGUGGCCAUCUUUUGCAGUGAUCCCGUCGAGCGGCAGAAGCUCCUGCAGAAAAAGGAUCCCCAGACGGACGAGGCUAUGGCUGCGGAAUUGGAACUGCAGCAGGCCAGUUGCCAACCGCCUGUGGUGCUGGUUAACAAGCUGAUUGUACCGGUGAUUGCCAAGGAGGUGGACGAGGUGCUCGUCCAGAAGGAGAAGCAAAAGUCGCAGAAGUCGCAAAAGGCGCAACAGCAGCAGCAACAGAAGAACCUACGAUCCUUGGCAGCUGCCGAGGAUGCGGCGCAGGCGCAGAGAUUCGCGGAGCUUUCGCAUCUCAACAAGCCGAAAAGUAACACCAAUAACAACAAUAAAACUGCCAGCCAGAAGAGUGGUAGUGGCACCUCCGAGGAUGAGGCCACCAAUGCCACGAUCGCAAAAUCAGCGAAGAAGGCCAAGAGUAACAAGCAAAAGACCAGAAAGCCAGAGCAGGAGAAGAUCGUAAAGGAGAAGGAGGAGGUUAUGAAGGAGGUGGAAAUCCAAGAGGAGGAGCAGCUCUCCGAAGCGGAAUCCGAUCAUGCAGACAGUCUGUUGGCCAACAAGAGCAGCAUUGCGGCCGUUAUGGUGAGCAGUGCCAGUGCCCAGGGAUUGAGUCUGCAUGUGGAGAUGAGUGCGCCGGAUGCCCAGGAUGAGGAUGAGGAGGAAGAGGAAGAGAAAGAGGAGCGGGAUACCGAGGAGGAGCCUCCAAAGGCGGCCAAAAAGAAGCAACAGCCAGGAGGAGCAGUAGCCACCAUGACAAUCGACAAGGAAAAGGAGAAGACCAAGGAAAAGGAGCUAAAGCUAAAGGAGAAAGAGAAGGAGAAGGAGAAAGAGAAAGAAAGGGAAGCAAAGCUCAAGGAGAAAGAAAAAGAAGAAAGGCUGAAGCUCAAGGAAAGAGAAGAAAGAGAAAAGAAAGAAAGAGAACGGGAAGAAAAUCUAAAGGAGGAAAAGAUCAAGGAGAAACAAAGGGAAGAAAAGCUGAAGGAGGAGAAGGAAAGGGAAGAAAGGAUCAAAGAAAAGGAAAGGCAAGAAAAAAUCAAGGAAAAGGAAAGAGAAGAAAGAAUCAAGGAAAAAGAGCGCGAAGAGAAGCUUAAGGAGAAGCAGCGUGAAGAAAAGCUCAAGGAAGAAAAGAUCAAGGAGAAGGAACGGGAAGAAAAAUUAAAGGAAAAGGAAAGAGCUGAAAAGAUCAAGGAGAAGGAACGGGAAGAGAAACUCAAGGAGAAGGAAAGGGAAGAAAAGAUCAAGAAAGAAAGGGAAGAGAGACAGAAGGAAAAGGAGAGAGAAGAGAAGCUCAAGGAGAAAGAAAGGCAAGAGAAGCUCAGAGAGAAAGAGCGUGAAGAGAAGCUCAAGAAGGAAAUGGAAGAGAAGCAAAAGGAAAGGGAAAGAGAGGAGAAGCUCAAGGAGAAAGAGAAAGCCGAGAAGCUCAAGGAGCUUGAAAGAGAGGCCAAGCUUAAGGAGAAGGAAAGAGAGGCCAAGCUCAAGGAGAAGGCGGAGAAAGAGAAAGUGAAGGAGAAGGAAAAGACCCUCGAAUCCCCCCUCCCGGCAGCGGUGACCAGUCCCUGGAGAAGAGUAGCCGACGAAACUCCAACCAAGCUGCCCGCCGUUCAGGAUUACCCCAGCCUGGGCAAGAAGCCCGCCAAGGCGAGUCCCGAAAAGAAGCGGGAUGAGAAGCUGCUGCCGGGUCUCACCACUCCCCCGAAGGAGGAGGUCAAGGACACCUUCGAGGACUUCCUGAGCGGCCUGAAGCCACUGGAGGCCCUGCCACCGCUUCCAGCUCUCGAACCCCUCGAGGUCAAGGACGAUUCGAAGAAGGAAACCUUGAGCCUGAUCAAUUUCGAGAGUCCGCUGCAGGAGAAGUCGGCGAUCCCGCGAAAUAUAUCCCCACCACCGCGCGGCUUCACCGAACAAAAUCUGAUCCUGGCCCUCUGCGGUUCCCUGCACUACGAAAACGAACAGGAGCGCGUAAGGGAAGCAGAUCUGGAGGUGGUAGCCACACCAGAACCGGCGUACAUUACCCUGGAUACGCUGUCCCUGCAGAAGUCCACCUCCACAUCGAAUAACUCCUCGGGUUCCGAGGAGAUUGUCAUCAUGGAGGAGCCCGUCAAGAAGCUGAGCAAGAAGCACAAGCGACUGAAGCAACUCCAGUUGCAGCAGCAGCAAAGGGAGCGGGAAAGGGAGCCCGACGACGAGGAGCUGCGUCCUCUGAUCAGCAUCAGCAUGUGCGAUUCGCAGCUGGAACAGCCUGCCAGGUCAGCUGCCGACGAGGAUGAGGCAGGCGAUGUUGAGGAGACGGAGCCCGAACCCGAACCCCAACCUGAAUCACUGCCCGAGGAUCUGCUGCACUUUGGCAGCAGUGGCGUGGCCACCAAUGCCACCAGCGAGGACAGCGAAGGACCCGUGCCCGCCACCACAUCCGAUGACAACGUGGUCUACGGCAAUGCCGCCGCCGCACCGCCGCACAAGCUCAAGACCAAGAAGCUGGAGCACAAGAUCAAUCUGAUAGCGGCCAUCGAGGCGGCCACCUCCUCGUCCACGUCCUCGGCGGAGGAGAGCAGUGUGGAGACGACGGUUCAUCCGGCGGAUUCGACGGGUCUGGGUUUGGGUUUGCAAUCCCAUUCGCCCGGCGGAGGAACUAGUUCUGGUAACCUGACCACGGGUGCUGCUGCUGCCACGACUGCUGCUCUAAAUGCUGCCGGCGGCGGCGGAGGAGGCGUUACCUCCGUGGGCGUGGCCAGCCCGCCGAGUGCCACAAAGAAGAAGACGAAGCGACGCAAGAGAUAAGAAUUAGCGAUUUGUUUGCUGUGUGUCUUUAGCCUGGUGGUGCUGUGGCAUCUGUACGCCAAUCGGCAGGACGGAGCACCCACUGCCCAUGCGCUCCAGCAGCAGCAGCAG